UUUCUCAUAAAUCAAGUUUUGAAUAAUUCAUCGAUGCAAUUUUCUUCGACAUUAUCAUCAUUAUUAUUAAGGACAUUUGAUGAAAGAAAAGUACGAAUUUUUUUUCUUAUGAUUGAUGCGGAAAUUGAUGAUGAUACACACACACACACACACAUUGGAUAACACAUGACAUUGUAAUUUGUGGCAAAUCUACCUCUAGGCCAUCCACAGCCAUCAACCGGUGUUGAAAUAUGUUAUAAUGAUAAAGGUGAUAUAGUUAAACAUGGUGAACAAUAUGUUCCACUUGGAAUCGAUACUUGUACACAGUGUACAUGUAUGCAUGGAAAAGCGGAAAUGUGCAUAUCGGUACUAUGUUCACCACCGGAAAAUUGUCGACGUUAUCAUGAAGUAACAAAUAAAUGCUGUGAAUUUCUAUGUAUCGAUGGUGGCAAUGGAAACCAAGUGAUAGGUUCGAAUCAUGGUAAUAGUGAUAUGGCUAUACGAUUGAUGAACACCGGUAACGGACAUCAUCAUACACAAUCUACAAACAAUUUUAAUGGUGGAUUACAGAAUGGUUUACGUUUCUUUGGCAACAAUAAGACUGCCAUAUUGACAAAAGGCGAAACGAAAACAUUCCAUUCGAUUCCAACAUCAAAUCUUGGUCUACGGUUAAUCACUAGUACUGUGACAUCAUUUUUAAUUCUAGCAUUAUUAUUAUUCAUGAUUCAUCGAUUACGUCAACGUCGUCUUCUGGUGAUGAUCCGUCGUUUACAGAAUCGUCGACUUGAUCAUAUGAAUGGUCGUAAUUCUAGCCACCACCCUACUCCGGCACCUCCACAUUGUAGUGAUUCUACAGGUUAUGCGGGCGAUCAAUUGGUUACAACACCUAUGCGUUUAUUUGGUCUGGGUGGCCAUUCAUCUAUUAAUGGACCAUUUGGACCUUUUGAUUUGAUGGGACCUAAUUCGAUUGAACCACCACCACCAUAUACAUUUUGGAAACCUCCAUCAAUGCCUGCUCAAUCGACUGAACAACAACAGCAGCAGCAGCCACAAUUCUCUAGUUUAUCCGAAACAAAUGGCCUAUCACCUGUUCAAUCCUUACCGAAUGAAGCUCCACCAAGCUAUGAAGAAUCAAUUCAAGUUGGUAACAGCAACAAUAUUAUUAUGUCGAAUGCAGCCCUUAUUAUUAGUUGUCAACAAAAUUCGUUAUCGCAACCAUCUAAUAACAUAGAAGUAACACCGUCUUCAAAUCAUCAAAAUGGAAUAAUCAAUGUAUUAGAACAUCAGCCAUCAUAUUCGGGUCAUGUCAUAACACAAUCACAAUCACAAAAUUGGUUGUCGACAACGACAACAACACCACAUAAUUCAAUAAUUGGAUCAAUUAAUUUGCCUCAACAGUCUGUGUUUGAAGGUCACUCAAUGGAUCAAAUACAGCAAACAUACACCAAACAAAUUAGCCAUUCCAAUUUAUCAGGUGACAGAAUUAAUAGAUAUGUGCAUCAUCAUAAUCAUCAUCAUCAGCCAAAUAAUUUAAUUCAUCAGAAUAGAAUGGUAGCGGCCGAAAUUAAACCUCAUCCAAUUGCUUAUCGAGAACAAUCUUCGAAUGUUGUCGAUCCACAAAUUCGCCCUUGCAUUCCAAAUCCGCCCGCAAUAAUGCGAAAUAAUCUUUUCUAUCCACAAAGAUUGAUCUCACAUUUAACAUCAUCAUUAACACCACAUAAUGAUUUUUCACAAUCACAAACGUCUGGACGAUCAUUAUCACCCGAUCAACAUAUUACACGAUUACAUGUUGGAUCACCAAUAUCAAAUCAAAUACCUGUGACUUAUGUUAGAUCAAUGAUAAUGCCUGUAAAUAAUAAUUCGCAAUUAUCACACGAAACAACAACAUUCCGAUCACAUUAUCCAAAUUCUAGAUCAGCAUUGUUACAGCAGCAGCAAUAUCAACAACAACAAUCAUCGAUAAUGUCUCGAUGCAUUUACAACAAUAAUAUUCAUCAACAGCCACAACAAACACAAAAGCGUUCUAAAAUUACGAAUAAUCAAUCAUCUUUAAUGAUGAUUAACAAUAAUAUUGAUGAAUCAGCAAAAGAGUUGGUCAUUCAAAAUGAUUCAAUCUGUUCACCAUCCUCAUCUUCUGAAUCAUUAUCACAAUGUACGAUUGUUCGCAAACCAAUUGAUGUACAUCAAACGGUAGCAACCGUUGAACAAUCGUCAUCAAGACAAUCGAUGGUAUCUAAUCAACAAUCUCAAAACCAUCAUCAUCAUCAUCACAAUUCGAAUCGGCAUCGAAAAAAAUCUAAAUCAAAUCAAGAUUCAAAUAAUCAAACCGUGAAAUCAAAUUAUUCUUCUUCUUCCUCGUCAUCAUCAUCAUUAUCAUCAUCAUCAUCAUCAUCGUUGGCCAAUUCAUAUUCAGAUGAUGGUAGUACGCCAUCGACAAAAAUAUCAGUUUCAUCAUCAUCCUCAUCGUUGUCUUCAUCAAGGACGAACAACACGAUGUUGACGACUACGACGACGACCACCCCAACGACAACAAAUGAUAAUAAUAAUACUGUAAUUCAAGUUAAAGUUGAUACGAUCAGCCAUCUUUGAUCUUGUCAAUUAAAUUUAGUUUGUUUUUUGUUUUGUCAAUUGCCAACAUAUUUUUUCUUUUAACAAUUUUUUUUGUGGCCAAAGUUGUGAUUAGAUAAUAAUAUUCUCCCAUGUUCUGGUCAUUGAUAGAGGGAUAUUAUUUUUGUGAAUAUUUUAAAAAUAAAAAUAAAAAUAAAUUGUGUAAAAAAA